CAAGCAGAGGGCUCCGCUGCUCCGUCAGUCACCACAGCCAUGAGCCAGCCGAGCUCCCCGUCCCGCGGCCCCGCGCUGCCUCUCCGCCUGCGCCCCUGACCCUGCACCGAUCGGAGCCAUGAAGAGGCAGAACGUGCGGACCCUCGCCCUCAUCAUCUGCACCUUCACCUACCUGAUCGUGGGCGCCGCGAUCUUUGACGUGCUGGAGUCUCAGGAGGAGACGACCCAGAAGGAAGGGCUGGACCUGAAGAAGCAGCAGCUGCUCACCACCUUCAACCUCUCCAAAGAGGACUUUGACGAGCUGGAGAAGGUGGUGCUGCAGCUGAAACCGCACAAAGCCGGCAUGCAGUGGAAAUUCGCAGGCUCCUUUUAUUUCGCCAUCACGGUGAUCACGACCAUAGGAUAUGGCCAUGCAGCCCCCAGCACAGAUGGAGGGAAGGUCUUUUGCAUGCUCUACGCCCUCCUCGGCAUCCCCCUCACUUUGGUCAUGUUCCAGAGCGUCGGCGAGCGGAUUAACACCUUUGUCCGAUACCUGCUCCACCGCCUGAAGAAGUGCCUUGGAAUGAGGCGCACUGAAGUCUCCAUGGUCAACAUGGUGACCAUCGGUUUUAUAUCCUGCAUGAGCACACUAUGUGUGGGGGCGAUGGCUUUCUCCCACUUUGAGGAGUGGAGCUUCUUCCAUGCGUACUACUACUGCUUCAUCACGCUCACCACCAUUGGGUUUGGGGACUACGUGGCAUUGCAGAAUAAGCACGCCCUGCAGACCAAGCCCCAGUACGUGGUCUUCAGCUUCAUCUACAUCCUGACAGGCCUGGCAGUAAUCGGAGCCUUCCUCAACUUAGCCGUGCUGAGAUUCAUGACAAUGAAUGCUGAGGAUGAGAAAAGGGACGCGGAGCAGCGGGCUCUUCUUGCCCAUAACGGUCAGGCGGGAGGCCACAUCAACUGCUUUGUAGACCCGGCCUCCCCGUCCUCCACGCCGCCCGGGUGUGGCGGUGGGAGUGCAGUCGGAGGGAGCGGCGGAGGGGCUGCUAGCCGCGGCUUGCGUAACGUUUAUGCCGAGGUGCUCCACUUCCAGUCCAUGUGCUCCUGUCUUUGGUAUAAGAGCAGAGAGAAGCUGCAGUACUCCAUCCCCAUGAUCAUCCCGCGCGACCUCUCCACGUCAGACACCUACAUGGAGCAGGUAGAGGCCUUUUCCAACCCGCUUCACUCCAACGGCUGCAUGUGCAGCUUGCAGCACCAUUCAGGCAUCAGCUCAGUGUCCACAGGUUUGCACAGCAUCAACACCUACAGGAGACUGAACAAACGCAGGAGCUCCAUCUAAACACCCGGAGAACGUCGUUUUGCAGUCUGUUUGUGUGCAUCACCACGGCAGGAACUACAGCAAGAGUUAUGAUGGACGUCAAGGGAGCACAACUGAAGAGAUGUAACUCUACUAACCUGGGCUUUGUUUUCGAGUUGAAGGAUCUGGUGGUUUGGACUCCAGACAUGCUACUUACGUUGACAGAGCACAAACCAUUUAGUAUCAAGAUUCACACUGAAACGUCUGAGAAAUACUGCUAAUUGUUGUUUAAGUGGCAUUCA